AUGAAAAUUGGGAAGAAAAAUAUAAGGAAAAUGAACAUUAAUAGAAAUAUUUUUAAAAUCAAAUUUUAGAAGAUUUAAAAAUUUGUGAAUAAAAAUUAAGAGAAAAGGAAAAUUUAGUAAUUUUUUUAGAAGAUAAAUGGAAAAAAAAUGAAGAAGAAAUAAAAGAUUAAUAUUAGAUUGAAAUUAAAAUUAAGGAAAAUGAAAUUUUCGAAUAAAAUAAACUUAUAAGAAAAUUAGAGGAGGAAAUUAAAAAUAAAGACGAAGAAAAAUAAAGUGAUUUGGAGAAAGUAUUUGAAGAAUUUAAGACUAAUAAUCAAGAUAAUAUAAAAAAAAUAAACUAGAAAUUUAAUUAGGAAAAAAAUUAAAAUAUACUUUUGUUAAAAUAAUCUGAGAAAAAAAAUAGCUAGUUAAAUUUUUAAAUAGAUUAAUUAAAUCUAAAAUUGGAUUCUUUAAAUUAAUUAGUUACUUUUAAAGAUAAGGAAAUUUAAGAUGCACUUGGAAAAAUAAAAGAAAUAGAAAUGA